AUGGGACCCCACGCGAGAAGGGGAGGCCAGCAAAACCCCCAAGGCAGGUUCCCUCCUGCACACCCGAGAAUCUUUCACGGGGAAAUCCAAGAACUCAGCUACGCCCUGGAAAUGGAGAGAGCCGGGAGGGUUGAAGACAACCAGAAACUGGCCCACCUGGAGGCCGAGCUGGAAGAGACGAAAUUCCAGUUAAAGAAGCAGAAAACUCUCAAAGAAACGUUGAUCAACCAGGCCAAGGAGGCAAAGAGGGAACUUGAGAGACUAGAGAAGUUCAGCGAUCCAGCUGUCCUUAACGCUGCGGCCAUUGCUUCUAAGGUUCACAACGAUGUGAAGUACAUGAAGAAGAAGAACUUGCAAGAAGACUUUGAGGAGUUAAAGGUGGCCCACCUCCUCAGCCGGGAAGCGUUUGUAGCUGAAAUACAAGCUGAGAGAAAGAAAAGUCUGGCCCUCCAAGAAGAACUGAACCAACUCCAGACUUCAUACGAGGAGCUGCGUUCCCAGUAUGAAGCAGAUGAUGCUCUGCUGAGGCAGGAGGCCGAGACACAAAAGUAUGAUGAAGCCAGGCUCAGUGAGGAACAACGGCUGUUGGAGAACUUGAGAGCUGAAAAGGAUGAAAUGUAUCAAGAAAUGUCUCAAACGAUCACAUUCCUGCAAGGCAGUGAGAAACGUCUGCAGGAGGAAUUAACUCAGCUCAAAUGUUCAUACAAUGAGCUCAAUUGUAAAUACGAAAGGGAUGUUUCUGGAUUGAAGCAAGAUGUGGAUAGAUAUCAGGAGGAAGUGAGACAUGCGACAGAUGCCAACAUAGAAAGAGACAAUGAGAAUCUGCAGCUCAUCAACAAGCUGAGAGCUGAAAAGGAGGAGCUCCUCCAAAAAAUGUCAGGAGAAAUCGAGACAUACCAGCAUCAGGUAGAGCAGGAGAGAAAAGCUCACCUGGAGAAAACAGAGGAGGACAAGAAGCUUCUAGACAAUAUGAGAGCUGAGAAGGAGGAGCUCCUUCAAAAAAUGUCAGGAGAAAUCUCAAUUCGGCAAAAGAGGGAGAAGCAAAUGCUGCAUGAACUGGACCAGAUUCACACUCUCUACGAGGAGCUAAAAUGUAGAUAUGAAAGAGACAUUAUGGACAUACAGCAGCAGGUUGAGACAUACGAACAGAAGAUUUACAACAAUGAUUUACAAAGAGAAAGAGACGAUCUACUGCUGGCCGACACUCUCAGAGCCGAGGAAGAAGAUUUCCAACAACAACCCAUCACGGUUUCCCAAGAGAAGGAAGAAGAUGAUUCACAGAACCAAGUUAAAGUCCUAAAUCAAGAGGUUUCUUCAGAGGAGGGACUCGCAGGAGAACCUUUACCAGGUUCUUCCACUGAUCCAGAAUCCUCAGAAGAGACCGAGGUUGCUGGAGAAACCAUCCUGGAGGAUUUGGACGAUCCAGAUGGUAAAAGGAAAAAAUCAAAAAUUUCCUUUUGGAAGAAGGUACGAAACUUUCUGCGAUGUAAGAAGCCCAAAAAAGAAACAAACGAGUAA